AUGCCCGACGAUAUGAAUCUCCAAGCAGUCCUGCGGGAUCUCAUCUAUGCCAACCAUAUCCUUCACCAUCAUGGCGUGGUCGACGCUUACGGCCAUGUCUCAGUCCGUCAUCCGGACGACCCAUCCGUUUAUCUCAUGUGUGGCUAUAUGCCUCCAGCUCUGGUUGCAAGCCCCAACGAUCUAAUCUACUACAACGUUGCCGACUCCUCGACGGUUGAUCCAGACUCCCCGAAAGGCUACUCGGAGCGCUUCAUCCAUGGUGAACUGUUCAGACGCUUUCCCUCGGUCAACUGUGUCAUUCAUUCGCAUGCCGAGGAAGUGCUGCCCUAUGUAGUCACCGGCGUGAAAAUGAAAUCGGUCUAUCACAUGUCGGGCUUCCUCGGCAGCGAUGGCGUGCCAGUUUUCGAUAUCGACCCACUCUACCAGGAAGGUGACCAGCGGGAUAUGCUGGUGAAUAAUGCCCGGCUGGGAGAAGGAUUGGCUGCCAAAUUUGCUCGAGAACCUAAUGCCACUGAACCAGAUGAGACUGUGGUGUUGAUGAGAAGACAUGGUUUCUCAUGCGUGGGACGAGAUAUCGUAACGGCGGUGUAUCGUGCUAUCUAUACACGAAUCAACGCCGAGGCACAGACCAAGGCAAUGGCUAUUGCGAAGAACAAUCCGGACCCGCAUGGUCAAUUUGUGUUCGGAGAGGGUUUUGACGCCAUCACCAAGGAGCAGGAGAAGGGCACGAAGAUCAUGUGCGAAAAGUUUCAGGACAAGCCUUGGAGACUUUGGGUCAGGGAGGUUGAGAGGAACCCAUUGUAUGAGAAUACCUUGGGCCCGAAUCACCAGGCCUCGAGAUGA